AUGGCCAUCGGAAGCGGAUGGAAUUUCAUUCACCUCACUUCCGACAGAACAUCUUAGGUUCCUUUUGUCUAUUUUUGCACUCUAAAAAGCCAUAACGUACCGUUCUGAUACAUUCAAUGCUUAAUCCUACUUGUGUAGACCUACAAGGAGGGCGAAUUAAUCAUAGCUCUGUCUACAAAACGUUAGCUCCAAGGGCGGGAUCAUGUCAGCGGAGCUGGACCUGUCACCCCCGGAGGUUCCUGAGCCGACCCUGCUAGAAAGCCUGCUCCGCUAUGGUCUGUUCCUGGGGGCUAUCUUCCAACUCAUAUGCAUCCUGGCCAUCAUCAUACCAUCUUCGAAGACACACGAACAGGAGUCUGAGGCUGGAGAUGGGAAACCUGCAGAGCCCAACAAGAAGGCUAAAGGACCUGCACCACAGAUUCGCCAGAAACUAAAGAAAGAGAGCAAGAAGAAGCGAUAGAGAGAGAUUGUGUGUGAGUGUGUGAGUGAGUGAGUGAGUGAGUGAGUGAGUGAGUGUGAAAACAUGAGAGAAAGAACAUUAUUGUUCAUCAUUAUAAUCACAGUAAAUGUACCGUUACUGGGGUUUGAAAGAACAAACAACUACAAGUUCCAUUAGAAAGAGGAGACAUAACUUCAACUGUGGACAUUGGACAGUUAACUGGUGCUCCAAACAAAGUCCUUAUGGCAGAGACAUUAUACAACACAUGCUUAUCUAAACGUGUUUUUAGAUGGUAUUAAAUGUGCAUUUUACCUUGAAUUAUGGUUGUAUUAUAUGUAUACUCUAAAUUCCUGUGUAUGGUCAUUAAACAUUGGAAAUCACAAAUUUCCAAUGGAUUGGGUGGUUUU